UAGCGGGACCCAGUGUAGUCACCAAGGAUCCGCGACCAAGGCAUCAAGAUUGCGGUUCUUGUCACCCACGACAACGACAACCAACUUGCUGGGAAGCUCGUGUCCGAGUGUGCUCUAUGGCAAUGCACGGAUACUUCAUCUGGAACAAAGCAAGGCUGUGCAUCUCCCGACAGAAGAAUAACUCGCAGCAGUUGAACCCAUAGCUAACUUUCUGGAAAAGCCCUUGCUUUGUCGGAUAGAAGAUCCAAUCAAAGACGCUUCCUGUAGCCGUUUUGGAUCUUUGAAUCCAAAAGCGUUCUUCCAAAAGCCAAUUCUUUGGCUGUUUCCCACGCCGUCUUAGCAAGCUAGCUCUAGAUAAGAUCAUCAGUUCAAGGAGUUAGGCGUCUCAUAGCUCAUUCGCAGCAGAGGCUAGAAAAGCCUUUACUCUCAUUUCCUCUCUUCCAGAGCCAUUCAAUCCACUUGCUGCUUAGCCCACAAAACACCAUCACCAUGCCGACACCCGCCGAGAUUACCGAGGCAGAACGCAAGAUGCAAGAGCGUCUUGCAAAGUACAAGAAGAAGAUGGAAGCCCGAAAGUCAGAGGAAGACGCCAAGAAAAUCGAGGAGAAAAAGAAAAAGGAAGAAAAGAUGAAGCAGCGCAAGGAAAAGCAAGCCAAGACGGAAGCCAUCAUUGAAGAAGAAAAACGCAAGGCUCGGCAAAAGAUGGACGAAGUGAGACAACAACGCGAAGAAGAGGCGAAAAAGCGAAAGGAAAUGGAGGAACAAAAGAAAAAACAACGAGAGGCACAACGGCAAAAGUCGGUUUCCCCCAUGAGGAACAGAUUUCAACGGGAAAUGAGCAUGACCAUUGAUGCCGAACAUGGCAUCAUGGUGGACGCGGAAAAGACCUUUGAAAAGCAGGAAAACAUCUUGCAAUCUCGACUCAAUCAGUACAAAGUCAAACUAGAUGAGCGCAAGAAAAAGGAAGCCGAGGAAAAGGAGGCGGAAGAAAAGAAACGGGAGGAAGAACGGCGUCAACGAGAAGAAGAGGCCGAGAAGGAGCGCAAAAAAAUGGAGGAGCAAUUGGCAUCUCUCAAAGAAAAGGCAAAAGUUGAAAAAGAAAAACCAAAGCCAAAACCUGCCAAGAAAUUUGGAGGUGGUGCAGGACCGUGGGGUAAUCUCGAGGCCACCAAAAAGAAGCAGGAAGGACGCGUAUUGACAUGGCGAGAAAAGCAAGAAGCAAAGAAGAAAAAACAGGAGGAAGAACGCAAACGAAAGGAGGCAGAAGAAAAAGAAAAGGCGGAACAACAAGCUGAAAAGGAACGACAAGAAGCCAUGAAAAAGAUGAACAUGAGCAUGAGUGUUUUGGAUGCUACGUCGGCUGUCAAUGAGGAGGAAAAAGACGAUAAAGUGGCUCCGCUCAAAACUAGCACCCCUUGGGGCGAAAAGAAGAAGAAGCGACCCAGCACCAAAACGCAGAAACCAUGGGAUGCCCAUGCCAGUUUCAAUACACAAGCCGACUUUGAUUGGAAGAAGAAACGCGGCGAAAAGGAGAGCUUGGCCCAAAAGAAGGCAGAAUUGGAUCGCCUGGCCGAAGAACGGCGAAAGAAGGACGAAGAGACAUUGAAAGCCAAGAAAGAAAAGGAAGAGGCUGAAAAGCGAGAAGCCGAAGAGAAGAAGAAACAAGAAUUAGAAAAGGAGCGGGCAGAAGCCAAGCGAAGAGCAGAAGAGGAAGCAAAAGCGCGGUUCGAAGCCCAACGGCGCAAAGAAGAGGAAGAAAGGGAGCGAAUCGCAGAGGAGAAGCGAAAGAAAGAAGAAGAAGAGGCCAAAGCAGCAGCUGAAGCGCGGCGAAAAGAAGAAGCGGCGGCAAAAAAAGAUGCCAAAGAGCGGCAAUUGCAGCAGUCAGCAGAGGCAGCCAGGAAACGAGCAGCUGCCGAAAGGGCCGAAAGAGAAGCUGCUGCGAAGCGCAAGCUCGAAGCCGAAAGGGCGGAAAAAGCACGCAAGGAACGUCAAAAACAAGAAGAAGCGGCUCGCAUUGCCGCCGAGAAGCGACACAAGGAAGAAGAAGAAGCGCGUAAAGCAGCUGAUAAAAGACGACAAGAAGAAAAAGCGGAACAAGAGCGUUUGGAGAAGGAACGCGAAAAGGAGGAAGGGGCUCUGGCAUUGGAAGAGGCCAAAAAGAGAGAGGCCGAUCGAAAACGUGCACACGAGGAACAAGAAAAGGCCAUCAAAGCGGCAGACGCUGCCAGAGCCAAAGCUGCCAAGGCACGUGGACUUGCGGUGGAAGAAUCUGAAACCGAAUCAGACGAUGAUGACGACGAUGAGGACUGGGAAGAGGAAGAAAAGGCACGUUUCUUGGCCGAAGCCAAGAGAGAGGUCGCCAAGAAACAGUCCAUGAUGGAAGCAAAGAAAAAGAAAGAGGAAGAAGCGCACAGACGUGCGUCUGCUGCGAGGGCAGAGGAGGAUGCCAAAAACGCCGCCGCGCAGUUAAGACGUCGAUCCAUUAUCACCGACACCACACCUCAAUUCUUUCUCGAGAUUGAAUCAGAUGAGGCUCUGCUCGCCGAGGAUGAAGAUAUGGUGUCGGCGGUCCAGGAUUACAAAAAAAUGCGAGACUACAUUGCUGCGCUUCAAAACAAACAGAUCGAAGCCGAAGAACGCGAACUCCUGCAAGUCAAAGAGGUCGAAGACAAACUUAGAGAAGAAAAGGAGGCUUAUCGUAAGCAUGCCAGCCAAGGGUUGGUAGUCUAUACAGCGGAAGAAGAGGAAGAUAUUGAGCGCCAAUCGAGAGAAUGCAAAGAAAUCAUUCAGAGUCUACGAAAGGACAACCAGAAAACCCGCGACAAUAACAAAGAAAUGGCCGAAGAAAUGCGAAAGCUGUAUCUUCACAAUCAGCGUUUGGAGGAAGCGAAGAAGACUACGUCAAAGUUCCAGUCGCAGUUGACCAGUUUUGAGGACAAGGAAACAGGCAAAGGAGAGAAAUUGGAAUCCAUGGCCACCCAGUACAAAGAAGCCAUCGAGGACCACGAAGAAGCUCUGGCGAUGCGUACUCUGGUGGGCGACGUCCAAAACAAAGUGAAGAAAGUGUAUGAAAAGCUGGUCAACAAACUGGUGGUCAAGUUUCAAAAUGAAUGCGACGACGAUGUCCUCGUUUUGGAACUUGGUUCGAUCGCUUUAGGAGAAAUGGGCGAAGAGGGCGCUGACGAGGAAUUAAGUGUAUCAAAGUCAUUUCAUGCCGGUGUGGCAAGUGGUACUGAAACCGAAGACGAAGACUCAGAAUACGAGGAAGAGUCAGUGGAUGAUGAGGAAUCAGUGUACGAGGAGACAUUUCAUGAGGAGGAAGACGAGGAUGACUAAAAAGCAAAGCAGAGUAACUUGUUUGUUUGUGGGCCGAUCUUUCACAAACAUAUAACUACUCUUUUGUACUGAC